AUGGCAGACAAACUUGAGCAAAUUCAAGUACCAGUAACAAGCGAAAAGAAGAAGGACCCUAGAAGAGUAGAGGCAGGGAAACAACUUGCUGCAAUCAGUAAAAUAGCAAAGGAGAGAAAAAAGAAACAGGCUGAACCUAAUGAGUCACAUAGUAAUGACAGUAUGAUUACCUACAUAGGAGUGGCCAUUGCAUUGAUAUCUCUUGUACUAGCGUAUAAGACCCAUCAGAGGGAAACUAGGGAACCAGAACCUGAGUACAUCCCUAAAACUGUAGAAGUAACUAAGAGAGCUGAUGAGUCCAAGUUAGAUUCACUUGAAUGA